AAAUUAAAAUUUAUGUCUGCCUUAACUUGUUCCGUAGGUUGGCAACAGACAAAAGAAUGUCGAAAGACCACGCCUCUGCGUUGGUAUUUGUUGUCACUUCAAAAAACACAACAACAACCGAUAUUUUGUAACUAAUAGGGCAACAAUUAAGGUUUUUCCACAAUGCAUUACAGUCAAUCGAAGAACCCUAGUAUGGGGACUCCAUCAGUAUACUCUCAUAUGACUCAUGUGACCAGUCGAUCGUCAGCUGGACUCAAAUCGGCACGUUCAAUAAAGUCAUUGAAAGUACCCUGGUACGAGAAACCAAUUCUGCAGGAUGCUAUUAUUUUGGACAUCCAAAGAGGUUGUCUUUUGAUCGCCUUUUAUUCACUGCUACUGAGUAUUUUCACCAUAAUAACUUCUCUGUUUGAUAUAUAUUGCCUUGCCAUGGCAGAGCCUGGAACAAAUCACUAUGGUUACUAUGUCAUAAGCUACCAAUUUGUUUAUGUUGGUAAUAAGCAUGUUCGUAACACGUUGAUAGCAUUUGCCCUCUUUUCUCUCAUCUUGGGACUGGUUACUCUUGUAACUAGCUGUAUUCUCAUCUCCUCCUUAAGGAAGGAACAUGAGCACAAAAUGGUACCAUGGCUGUAUGCCUUUGCUGUCUUCACCGUUUUCCGCCUGUUUGCUUUCUUGUUUGCAUCCAUUGUAAAUGAUCUCAUAUUUGGUUACAACAUCACCAUGUGCCUCCUCUGGUCCUUAUUUUCAAUUAUAAAUGUGUAUGGUUGGGUUCUGAACUACUCACUUUAUUUGGAACUACGAAAUCUUUCCAAGAUUGAGGAUUAUGCUCAUUUGAGGAUGGGUACCAUGGCUUCACUCAAUGCAUCUACUGCUAACUCUCUUGCUGGAUCAAGACCAACAACUCCUCAUGGAACUAUUUCCACAUCACCUAUUCAGUAAAUGACUUGAUUUGUAUUUUUGUAGGUGUGAAAAGUAAAUCUCUACCAUGUAUUGUUUUCACUCCAACUUGUAUUGAAGCUAGAAAAAUUAUUACUAUGUCCACUGUUAUCUAUCAUUCCGUCCAUUUCCAUUUUUGAACUGUUUUUAAAGAUGUGACUUAAAUUUUUGAAUAAUUUAUUGUUGAAUCUGACUAACUUGUAAGAUUUCCCUUCAUUUUCCCCCUUUUUUUGUUUUGAGGGACCUUGGAAGUAGACUUAAACACUUCAUAAUCUCUUUAGUUGUAAGUUUUAGAACUUUUGUCAAGUUUGUCGACUGUGCUUUACAGUAGAUAUUGCACAAAGUCAAGUGACCAUUUCUUUAAAAUGAAAAGAUAAUUUAAGACUAACAUUCACCAGACUGCCUGAGGUCAUCUUACUUAUCCGUCCACUUUAUUAGCUUUAUUUUUUUUUGUAUCAAAGUAUUACAUAUUUUAUAAUUCUAGCCUAGCUGUAAUCUUUUAAAAUCUGAAAUACCAUGUUUCAUGAAUAUCAUGUCAUUUUAUAUAUUUUGUAUGAUGUACAUUAUUUGCUUGUUUUUAUUACUGAUGGCUUUCAACGAUGUUUUGACAACGUCUGAGAAAGCAAGAGUUUUUGAAUGUUAUGAUGAUUUUAGAAUUUCUGUAUUUGUAAAAAUUUUGCUCUGUCUAUGCUCUACUUAUUUUUAUAAGAAUGAAGUCCAGCCUGCUUUGGACAAAACUGAACAGAUGUGAUGCAGGACUCCAUUCUUACUAUUGAUUGUUUUUUUUUUUAAUUUAUUAGUAAAAUUUGAUGCUGUCAAUUUAAAGUUUCCAUGUUUUUAGAAUCUCUUGUGUCAUCAUUGUGGUUAACAAUUGUAAACUGUCAAGGUAUCACACUUAACUGCCAUGUACAGUAUUUCUUUUUAUAUCAAUAUUUUUUAAAGGUAAACAUUCCUCUUCUCCUUGGGGCAUUAUUUCUUUACUAGUGCACUAUUUGUGUAGUAUUUUAGUGAACAAUAAAUUUCAUACAAAGAUGA